UGAGAGAAGCAGGAAGAAGCAGUGUGCUUUCACGCAGGUGGAGGGAUUUGUGGAAAUUCACCACCAGUUUGAACUUCGAUGCAUCAGAGACAAUAUUGAAACUGAUUGGUAGAAAAAAAAGAGCGAGAAAGGUCAAAGUAUGUGGCUUGGGUGAAUCAAGUUUUGAAGUUGCAUUUGCAUCCUUCUUUGGAUGAGUUUAGAGUUGGUUUUUAAUUGGAGAUAUUGAUGAAUGGAUAAUCUUUGUGAUACCAAAGAGAGUAAAAAUACUUGAGAUUGACUUGCGUCCCGUCUUUCCUGUCAUGCUCUACAUGCCUUCGCAAGAGUGUUAUCUCAGCUUCAAAAGCCCAUCUAACUUAUCCAGCACUAAGUGCCUAACAAACCUUUCAUUAAAGUAUGUAAAUGUAAACGGAGAACUCAUUGAAUACUUUCUGUCCAAUUGUCCAAAUCUGGAACAGUUACGGCUGUAUUGGUUAGAGCACACUGAUAAUCUGAAUGUUUCUGGUCCUUUACUCCAGUUGAAGCACCUUGAGAUAUUCCAAUGCAAAUUCUUGGAGAGUCUCGAGUUUUGUGCCCCAAAGCUUGUGACCUUCAUGUAUUUUGGGCAUUCAAAAAUAAGAUUGUCCAUGGGGAGCCUUCCUCUUCUUUCUGAGUUAGACAUUAGUGCGUCGCAGGAUCAUCAAGCUACAUAUGCUCUUGUACCUUUUUCAAGUUAUCUCCCACAGAUUGAGACUUUGAAAUUGAGCAUUUGGCUGCCUGAGGAUUACGAGGAGAUCCCAUGAAUUCCUGAAUUAACAAAACUUGAGCAUCUAACAUUGGAUGUCCACAGUCAUUCUUGCUCAAGAUUUCCAUGGUUUACUUCUCUACUAGAGGCAGCUCCGUCUUUGCAAACAUUCA